AAUGUUUUCAUCUCACGCGAUUCGACAAAGCAAAUAAAUAGGUCUGUUAUUCAAAAAAAUGUAUCAGUCAAUUCUAUGGUCUAUAUAGAAUGAAAAUCUGUAUAGUGUGGUGCCUCUUAAUGGUUUCGGUAGAGAUGAAGCUACGACCAGAAGUUAUCAUUGCAUGGGAAAACUAUCACAUCCCGCAUUUCGAUGAGUGUGUCCAAGAGGCGGGCGUGGAUCCCAUGAUUCCAAGGUUAAUGUUUAGGGAAAUAAAUUUUCCAGACGAGGAAGACUUUCACUGCUACCUGAGAUGUAUCUUUAAACACAACGGGUGGUUGACAGAAGACGAAGACGAUAUCGACUCCGUUGCUAUACUGCAAGCUCUCCACGUGAAGCCGGAUUUGUUACAGUUUUGUGGUGAAUUAGUUGCCUCUGAACCAGAAAUAUGUAGAAAGGCCUACUUGACAGUUAAGUGCGCAGUAGACGACCAACUCUCAUCAAUGCGUCGAUAACUGAAUAUUGUAGUCUAAGGGAUCGGUUACGUACUUUAAGCAAACAUCCUGUAUAUCGAUCGUGUAAAGAAAUAAAUGCACGGAUUAAGAUCAA